CCGUGUUGGUCAGGGUUGUCUCAAUCUCCUGACCUCAGAUGAUCUACCUACCAGCCUCAGCCUCGCAAAGUGCCAGGCCUCAGGUUUACAAUAGUGGGUAUACAAUGGUUGGAGAGGCUGCUAGAAUAACAAAUAGGCAGGUUAGUGGCAUACAGUAUAAAGCAUAAGGCAGUUAGAGUGGUGUCUAGGUUAGUAUUGUUGAAAUCAGAAUCCGGUGGUUUUUAAUCUAACUGGAGCAGUGCUGUCCAGUAGAACUGUCUGCAGUGGUAAAAAUGUUCCACCUUACACUGUUUAGUAUGGUAACUGCUGGUCGCAUGCAGCUGUUGGGCACUGCUGGUGUACCUGAAGAAAUUAGUUUUUUAAAUUGUGGUAAAAUAUAUACAACACGAGAUUUGCCAUUUCGUGCCCUCCUUGCGCUUGGUUGCCGCCUCCCAAUGCCAGCUGCUGGGGGACUGGGAGCGCUCCCGCCUUGGGUUCUUGUCUGGGCACAGUGGCGCGCAGAUGUGCCUGGCACCCAUGCUCACUUCCUGGAGGAGAGAGCUAAGCCUGUCUACUGGAUACCUGCAGUUGGAGCACAAAAGGAGAGAUUUCAUCUCUUCUGGGAGUAGGAGGCUCUAUUUUGACACUCAUACCUUAGUGUGCUUACUGGAAGACAGUGGAUUUGCUACUAGACAAGCAGAAAUCAUUGUGUCUGCAUUGGUCAAGAUCCUGGAGGUCAAAAUGGACAUCGUCUACAAAGAUAUGGUCACCAAGAUGCAGCAGGAGAUGACUCUUCAGCAGAUAAUGUCUCAGAUUGCGAAUGUGAAGAAGGACAUGACUGUUUUGGAGAAGAGUGAAUUUUCAUCCCUUAGAACAGAAAAUGAGAAAAUAAAACUUGAACUACACCAGCUAAAACAACAAGUAAUGGAUGAAGUGAUCAGAGCCCGGACAGAUACCAAAUUAGACUUCAACAUAGAAAAAAGCAGAGUAAAAGAAUUGCAUUCACUGAAUGAAAGGAAGCUGCUGGAAUUGAGAACAGAAAUAGUGGCAUUGCAUGCCCAGCAAGAUUGGGCCCUCACCCAGACAGAUAGGAAGAUAGAAACUGAGGUUGCUGGCCUCAAAACCAUGCUUGAGGCACACAAGCUUGAUAAUAUUAAGUAUUUAGCAGGGCCUAUAUUUACGUGCCUAACAGUAGCUCUGGAUUUUAUUGCCUGUGGAUCUAAUAAAGUGUGUAUUUAAA